CAAGGAAGUUCUUGAACCUUUCAAACGUCACUUUGAAAUUUACAAAAUUAACUCAACUCUAUUGACAUACAAAUUAUGACUAUUAUCGCAUGAACGUAUUUGCGGAAGAUUGCAUUCCGACUUGUUAAUUUUCAUAAUUUUGGCAGUCGCCGACAAUUUGAUAAGCCAUCGUUUAGGUCUUAAGUGUAAUAAUUGUGUAUUGUUUUACAAUUUCUUUCACAAUCAUGUCGAGCGAAGGUAUAUCGCCGCAAGAAGUGGAGGCACUAUGCCAGACUCCAGAUCCUAGUACUAAGGACUUUAUGUUCCAACAAACCAUGUACCGGAUUAAGGACCCUCGGAAAUCCAUCCCGUUCUACACUGGAGUCCUCGGGAUGACGUUACUCAAGCAACUCCACUUCCCAGCCAUGAAGUUCUCCCUGUUCUUCAUGGGAUAUGAGAACCCAGCUGAAAUCCCUCAGGAUGAGAGCGCUAGAGCCAAAUGGGCGAUGACCAGGAAGGCUACAUUGGAGUUGACUUAUAACUGGGGUACUGAGAGUGAUGACUCGAGCUACCACAACGGCAACUCUGACCCCCGUGGCUUCGGACACAUUGGCAUCCUCGUGCCCAACGUGGAUGAAGCUUGUGCCAGGUUCGAGCAGCAUGGAGUGAAGUUCAUCAAGAAGCCAAACGACGGUAAGAUGAAGGGCCUGGCGUUCAUCCAGGACCCUGACGGCUACUGGAUCGAGAUUUUUACGCAGGAUGUUGUGUAAGAACAAACAGGUCUAUGCCAAAGAUUACUUCCAACUGAUUGUCCUAGGAUGGGAAUUUCAUAUUAACUUCAUGCAUAAGGUUGUUGAUGCACGAAUCACUCUGGGUACUACUGUAAUCCUGUAGAAGUCAUUGUAACUAGCGUAUUUCUAGAAAUGAUUGAAGUCUGAUACUUCAGGAAAAUGGGGUAACGCGUCCCGUUUUAAUACAAUAAAGAUUGGUAGACAGUAUAUCAUUCCUCGCUCAUUUUACAAAGAUUACGUAAAACGUCCGUGUUACGUGUUUACUGUCAUAGAGAAUAAGGCCCCUGCUUUAGGUCAGACAUACUAUUCCAUAGAGAAUAAGGCCCCUAUUCUCUACCAGGCAUGCUCCCUAUCACUGUAUGUCGCUCGGACGGCGAAUUCGUGUCGCGAGUUUUAGGGGCCGUUCAACCGAGGUCAGAUAGAAUUAACUGGUUCACUGCAUUGGACGAGCUUCGCUUGUGAAUUCAUUUGCAAUGUGCCAGUGUGAUGAGACCCUUCACUUUUCAAGAGUUGCGAACGCCUAAAGUACUUGAACUCAAAAUUCCAGUGUGUUUGUAGGUUGGCCCUUAUUAACAAACGUAGGGGCAUGGUAAUCAAUAACUACUUAACCACGAAUAAAACAACGGCCCCUAAAUGUCAUGUUAAAACAGCGGACCCCCCCCCCCCCCUCAGCCUUUGUGAUAACCUUGUUAGGGUUUAUGUAUGGUAAAGAAAACGCACAUAUAUGAGUAACCUUUUAUUAUAUCUUAAUCUUAACUAAAACACAACGCUUACUUAUUGAGUGGCCAUUUUAAAACAGUACCAAUAGAGAUGGG